AUGGCUCAGAGUAGGCAAAAAAGUUAUGCAGAUCGGAAGGUUCGUGAUUUGGAGUUCAUGGUGGGAAAGUGGUUUCUAUUGAAGGUUUCACCCAUGAAGGGUGUGAUGAGAUUUGGAAGGAAGGGCAGGUUGAGCCCAAGGUAUAUUGGUCCUUUCGAGAUUGUGGAGCGUAUUGGUGAAAUGGCGUAUCAGUUGGCUUUGCCGCCUGGUUUGUCGGGUGUUCAUCCCGUAUUUCAUAGUUCGAUGUUGAAAAAGUAUCACCAGGGUGGUGCUCAUGUGAUUCAAUGGGAUUCGGUGUUACUUGAUCAGAAUUUGACUUUUGAGGAGGAGCCGGUAACCAUUUUGGAUAGGCAAAUUCAAAAGUUGAGGUCGAAAGAGAUUGCUUCAAUAAAGGUUCAAUGGAAGCAUCGUCCAGUGGAUGAGGCUACAUGGGAGACCGAGUCAGACAUGAGUAGUAGAUAUCCUCAGCUUUUUGAGCAUUCAGGUGUGUUCUAUUCUUUUACCAUUCGAGACGAACGUUUGUUUAAGUGGUAG